CAGGAGGGAGACAGAAAACACCACGUAGGGCGCAGAGAUUGUUUAUCGCUCCUCUCUUAUAUUGCACUUAAAAAUAAGUAUUUUCAGUAAUAGAAGAUGUUUCUCUUUGAAGCGGACCAGAACUAAACUGAAAAGUCAUGAUGUAAUGACGUGAUUUCAGAGAAAAGUGUACAGAACAUUUGAGGAAAAAAGAUGAGUCUCCCAGAGAAACAGAGUGAAAGAUCAGGAUCACCGGUUGACAGCUCUGUGUCUAUGAGGAGUGAUCAUUCUCAAGAUGACAGACCAAACUUCAGUCAAGAAACACCAUCAACUACCAGAAGUGAAAGAUCAGGAUCAUCUGUAUUCAGCUCUGUGUCUGUGAAGAGUGAUCAUUCUCAAGAUGACAGACCAAACUUCAGUGAAAAAACACCAUCAGCGACCAGAAGUGAAAGAUCAGGAUCACCUGCAUUCAGCUCUGUGUCUGUGAAGAGUGAUCAUUCUCAAGAUAACAGACCAAACUUCAGUGAAAAAACACCAUCAGCGACCAGUGAAAGAUCAGGAUCACCUGCAUUCAGCUCUGUGUCUGUGAAGAGUGAUCAUUCUCAAGAUAACAGACCAAACUUCAGUGAAAAAACACCAUCAGAGACCAGAAGUGAAAGAUCAGGAUCAUCUGUAUUCAGCUCUGUGUCUGUGAAGAGUGAUCAUUCUCAAGAUGACAGACCAAACUUCAGUGAAAAAACACUAUCAGCGACCAGAAGUGAAAGAUCAGGAUCGUCUGCGUUGAGCUCUGUGUCUAUGAAGAGUGAUCAUUCUCAAGAUAACAGACCAAACUUCAGUGAAAAAACACCAUCAGCGACCAGAAGUGAAAGAUCAGGAUCACCUGCAUUCAGCUCUGUGUCUGUGAAGAGUGAUCAUUCUCAAGAUAACAGACCAAACUUCAGUGAAAAAACACCAUCAGAGACCAGAAGUGAAAGAUCAGGAUCAUCUGUAUUCAGCUCUGUGUCUGUGAAGAGUGAUCAUUCUCAAGAUGACAGACCAAACUUCAGUGAAAAAACACUAUCAGCGACCAGAAGUGAAAGAUCAGGAUCGUCUGCGUUGAGCUCUGUGUCUAUGAAGAGUGAUCAUUCUCAAGAUAACAGACCAAACUUCAGUGAAAAAACACCAUCAGCGACCAGAAGUGAAAGAUCAGGAUCACCUGCAUUCAGCUCUGUGUCUGUGAAGAGUGAUCAUUCUCAAGAUAACAGACCAAACUUCAGUGAAAAAACACCAUCAGAGACCAGAAGUGAAAGAUCAGGAUCAUCUGUAUUCAGCUCUGUGUCUGUGAAGAGUGAUCAUUCUCAAGAUGACAGACCAAACUUCAGUGAAAAAACACUAUCAGCGACCAGAAGUGAAAGAUCAGGAUCACCUGCAUUCAGCUCUGUGUCUGUGAAGAGUGAUCAUUCUCAAGAUGACAGACCAAACUUCAGUGAAAAAACACCAUCAGCGAACAGAAGGAACCAGUGGCCGAGUACAGUAGUAAAUAUUGGUUUAGAAAUGACUCGAUGGAAAACACUUAAGAAGCAGAAGGGAAUAAAGAGUGAUGAAGAACUGGCAUCUUUUCUUCUAAACAUGAUUCAGAUUGAGUCAUCAAAUGCAGAAUUAAAAAUGUACAGGGUCCGCAAGGAUUUCAGAGAACACCUUCUCUGGAUAUUUCAGGACCUUGAGAACAAAAUAAUCACUUUUCUGAAAAAUGAGCUGGAAAGAUUUAAGAAGAUAUUGAAAAAAGAAAACACACAAUACUUUGUGAAGGACCUUAAGGACGAUAGAAACAACAUCAGGGAAGCAGCUCUUGAUAUCACACUCUACUUUCUGAGAAGUAUGAAACAAGAUAAACUUGCUGAUGUUCUGGAAGAUGAGCUUGUCUUCAUUCAUCAACGACAACUGAAAUCAAACCUGAAGAAGAAGUAUCAAUGUGUAUUUGAAGGGAUUGCAAAGCAGGGUGACUCCACACUUCUGAAUAAGAUCUACACAGAUCUGUAUAUCACUCAGGGUGGAGGUGAACAGGUGAAUACUCAGCACGAGAUAAGACAGAUCGAGGCCGCCUCAAAACGACUAGAAUCACCAGAGAUACAGAUUGAAUGCACAAAUUUAUUUCAGCAACCUGGAGAAGACCAAACCAUCAGAACUGUAGUAACGAAAGGAGUCGCUGGCAUUGGAAAAUCUGUCUCGGUGCAAAAGUUUGUUCUGGACUGGACUGAAGAAAAAGAAAAUAAGGAUAUCAGCUUUAUAUUUCCAGUACCUUUCCGAGAGAUGAACUUAAAAGAAAAACAAACACUGAGUUUAAGGGACCUUAUAAAUCACUUUUUCCCAGAGAUAAAAGGACUAAACCUUACAAGAAAUAACAAGUUUAAAAUCCUGUUCAUCUUUGAUGGAUUGGAUGAAUGUCGUCUUCCUCUGAAGUUUUCGGGUAAUGAGACAUGGAGUGAUAUCACAACACCUGCUCCUCUGGAUGUUCUCCUAACAAACCUCAUCAAAGGAAAUCUGCUUCCUUCUGCUCUCAUCUGGAUAACCACCAGACCAGCAGCAGCCGGUAAGAUUCCUCCUGACUGUAUCGACCGGGUGACAGAGGUACGAGGAUUCAAUGACGCACAGAAGGAAGAGUACUUCAGAAAAAGAUUCUCAGAUGAGAAUAUGGCCGACGCAAUCAUUGAUCAUGUAAAAAAAUCUAAGAGUCUCUAUAUCAUGUGUCACAUCCCAGUCUUCUGCUGGAUUUCAGCCACCGUCCUCCAGAACAUUCUAGAGAAGAAAAACAAUCAACAGUCUGACGACACGACCAGAACACUUCAGGAAUCAAACACUGAUGAAACUCCUAGAACUCUGACACAGAUGUACACACAUUUCUUUCGCUUUCAAAUACAACAGAGCAGAAGAAAGUAUGAUGGAGAACACUCGCCAGAUAUCUCCUGGGAUAGAGACGCUAUCUUGUCACUGGGCAAACUGGCAUUUCAACAGCUGGAAAGAAACAACCUGAUCUUCUAUGCAUCAGACCUGGAGGCCUGUGGCAUUGAGGUCUCUAAAGCAUCCGUGUACUCAGGGAUGUGUACUCAGAUCUUUAAACAGGAGACAGGGAUCAUUCUGGGGACCAUGUACUGCUUUGUUCACAUGAGCAUUCAGGAGUUCAUCGCAUCUCUGUAUGCACAUCUGUUUCUGGACACCACAAAGACAAGUGCAUUUGUUCAAGAGCACACAGAAGUAGAAAACAACAGCGAAACAAUGAUUGGUUUACUGAAGACUGCUGUUGAUAAAGCACUUGAGAGUGAGAAUGGACACUUGGACCUUUUCCUUCGCUUUCUUCUCGGUCUUUCACUGGACUCAAAUCGACCGCUCUUACAAGGUCUGUUGACACAGCAAGACAGCAAUGAGCAGACCUACAAGGAAAUAGUUGCGUACAUCAAGCAGAAGUUUGAUGAAAACUCCUCUCCAGAGAGAUCCAUCAAUCUGUUUUACUGUCUGAAUGAACUGAAUGAUCAAUCUCUGGUACAAGAGGUUCAGAAGCACCUUAGAGAAGGAAGUCUGUCAUCUGCUGAUCUCUCACCUGCUCAGUGGUCUGCUCUGGUCUUUGUGUUGUUGACCUCAGAUGAGGAACUGGAGGACUUUGAGCUUCAGAAAUUCAAGAAAUCAGAUGAAUGUCUCAUUAGACUGUGGCCAGUGGUCAAAGCCUCCAAAAGAGCUCUGCUAAAUGAUUGUAACUUAUCAGACAAAUGCUGUUCAGCUCUGGCUAAUGUUGUGGGAUCUGAAAGCAGUCUGAAAGAGCUCAAUGUGAACAAUAAUAAUCUGAAGGAUUCAGGAGUCAAACUGCUCUAUGCCGUACUAGAGAAAACAAAGAGUAAACUAGAGAUACUGAGGCUCAGUAAGUGUGAUCUUACCGAUGAAAGUUGUUCAGCUUUGACUUCAGUUCUCAGUUCAGACAGCAGCAGUCUGCUGGAGCUUGAUCUGAGUAACAAUAAUCUAAAGGAUUCAGGAGUGAAGCUGCUCUCUGAUGGACUGAAGAAUCCAAACUGUAAACUGAAGAUAUUAAAUCUGUCUGAGUGCAGUAUAACAGAAGGAGGUUAUGUUGCUCUGUCUGAAGCUGUGAGAUCAAACCCUUCACAUCUGAUAGAGCUGGAUCUCACUGGAAAUGAUCCUGGACCAUCAGGAGUCAAACUCAUCUAUGAUUUAAUACAAGACACAAACUGUGCACUGAACGCUGUGAGGUUUUUGAAAAGUUCUUCUGCAGUGAAAGCAGUUGAGUAUCUGAAGAAAACUCUUGAUAUAAAUCCUUUACUCGAGAGAGAAGUGAAUCUGAGUAAUCGUGUACUAAACGACUCAAGAGUGAAACAGAUCUGUGAUCUACUGCAGGAUAAACACUGUAAACUCAACACACUCAUGUUGAGUUCUUGUAGUAUUACAGCAGAAGGUUGUGCUGCUCUCACAGAAGCUUUAAAUGUGAAUCCAUCACAUGUGAAAGAACUGAAUCUGAGUGGAAAUACAUUUGGAGACUCAGGAAUCAAGAACAUCUCUGAUCUGAUCAAGAACUCACAGUGUACACUGAAGAAACUCAAACUGUCUGAGUGCAGUAUAACAGAAGAAGGUUAUGUUGCUCUGUCUGAAGCUGUGAGAUCAAACCCUUCACAUCUGAUAGAGCUGGAUCUCACUGGAAAUGAUCCUGGACCAUCAGGAGUCAAACGCAUCUAUGAUUUAAUACAAGAUACAAACUGUGCAAUGGAGACUGUGAGAUUCUUGAACAGUUCUGAUGCAGAAGCAGCUUGUGUUUCUCUGACUGAUGUUCUGGGUGUGAAUCCAUUACUGCUGAAAGAACUGAAUCUGAGUGACAAUAAACUGAGAGAUCUGGAUGGAGAGAAACUCUCGGCUCUAUUGAUGGACUCUCAUAGUAAAGUGAAGAAAAUCAUAUUGAAUAAGUGUAAGCUGACAGAGAAACAGUGUUCAGCUGUAGCGUCUGUUCUCUCCUGUAAAACCCUCGUGAGAGAGAUGAAUCUGAACAACAGUCGUCUGCUGGAUUCAGGACUCAAACACAUCUGUGAGGGACUGAAGAAUCCUCAGUGUCAACUCCAGAUACUCAAUCUUUCUGAGUGCAGUAUAACAGAAGGAGGUUACAGAUGUUUGUCUGAAGCUGUGAGAUCAAACCCUUCACAUCUGAUAGAGCUGGAUCUCACUGGAAAUGAUCCUGGACCAUCAGGAGUCAAACUCAUUUAUGAUUUAAUACAAGACACAAACUGUGCACUGAACACUGUGAGGUUUUUGAAAAGUUCUUCUGCAGUUGAAGCCUUUGAGUAUCUGAAGACUCUUCAUAUAAAUCCUUUACUCCAGAGAGAAAUGAAUCUGAAGGAUCAUAAACUAGAUGAGUCAAGAGUGAAACAGAUCUGUGAUCUACUGCAGGAUACACACUGUAAACUCAAAACACUCACAUUGAGGGAUUGUGGUCUAACAGAAGAAAGUUGUUCAUCUUUAGCUUCAGUUUUAAGAUCAAACUCCAGUGUGACAGAACUCAACAUGAGUAACAAUAAUCUACUGGAUUCAGGAGUGAAAAAACUACAGAAAGGACUAGAACAUACCAACUGCAAACUGAAGAAACUCAGUCUGUCCGAGUGCAGUAUAACAGAAGGAGGUUAUGUUGCUCUGUCUGAAGCUGUGAGAUCAAACCCUUCACAUCUGAUAGAGCUGGAUCUCACUGGAAAUGAUCCUGGACCAUCAGGAGUCAAACUCAUCUAUGAUUUAAUACAAGACACAAACUGUGCACUGAACACUGUGAGGUUUUUGAAAAGUUCUUCUGCUGUGGAAGCCUUUGAGUAUCUGAAGACUCUUGAUAUAAAUCCUUUACUCCAGAGAGAAGUGAAUCUGAAGGAUCAUAAACUAGACGAGUCAAGAGUGAAACAGAUCUGUGAUCUACUGCAGGAUAAACACUGUAAACUCAACACACUCAUACUGAAGAAUUGUGGUCUAACAGAAGAACGUUGUUCAUCUUUAGCUUCAGUUUUAAGUUCAAACUUCAGUGUGACAGAACUUGACAUGAGCAACAAUAAACUACUGGAUUCAGGAGUAAAGAAACUACAGAAAGGACUUGAACAUACCAACUGUAAACUGAAGAAACUCAGAUUGUCUGAGUGCAGUAUAACAGAAGGAGGUUACAGAUAUUUGUCUGAAGCUGUGAGAUCAAACCCUUCACAUCUGAUAGAGCUGGAUCUCACUGGAAAUGAUCCUGGACCAUCAGGAGUCAAACUCAUCUAUGAUUUAAUACAAGACACAAACUGUGCUCUGAACACUGUGAGAUUUUUGAGAAAUCUCUCUGCAAUGGAAGCUGUUGAGUAUCUGAUGAAGACUUUUGGUAUAAAUGCUUUACUCCAGAGAGAAGUGAAUCUGAAGGAUCAUAAACUAGACGAGUCAAGAGUGAAACAGAUCUCUGAUCUACUGCAGGAUAAACACUGUAGACUCAACACACUCAUGUUGAGUUCUUGUAGUAUUACAGCAGAAGGUUGUGCUGCUCUCACAGAAGCUUUAAAUGUGAAUCCAUCACAUGUGAAAGAACUGAAUCUGAGUGGAAAUACAUUUGGAGACUCAGGAAUCAAGAACAUCUCUGAUCUGAUGAAGAACUCACACUGUACACUGGAGAAACUCAAGCUGAGUUGCAUCAGUGUUACAGCAGAAGGUUGUGCUGCUCUGGCUUCAGCUUUUAUAUCCAAUCCUUCACAUCUAAGAGAGCUGGAUCUGUGUGAAAACAAACUGGAAGAUUCAGGAAUAAAAGAAAUCUCCACUUUCCUCAGAUAUUCAUAUUGCAGACUGGAGAAUCUGAGAUUGUCUGAGUGCAGUAUAACAGAAGAAGGUUACAGAUGUGUGUCUGAAGCUGUGAGAUCAAACCCUUCACAUCUGAUAGAGCUGGAUCUCACUGGAAAUGAUCCUGGACCAUCAGGAGUCAAACUCAUUUAUGAUUUAAUACAAGACACAAACUGUGAACUGAACACUGUGAGAUUCUUGAAGAGUCCUGAUGCAGAAGCAGCUUGUGUUUCUCUGACUGAUGUUCUGGGUGUGAAUCCAUUACUGCUGAAAGAACUGAAUCUGAGUGACAAUAAACUGAGAGAUCUGGAUGGAGAGAAACUCUCGGCUCUAUUGAUGGACUCUCAUAGUAAAGUGGAGAAAAUCAUAUUGAAUAAGUGUGAGCUGACAGAGAAACAGUGUUCAGCUGUAGCGUCUGUUCUCUCCUGUAAAACCCUCGUGAGAGAGAUGAAUCUGAACAACAGUCGUCUGCUGGAUUCAGGACUCAAACACAUCUGUGAGGGACUGAAGAAUCCUCAGUGUCAUCUAAACAUACUCAAUCUGUCUGAGUGCAGUAUAACAGAAGAAGGUUACAGAUGUUUGUCUGAAGCUGUGAGAUCAAACCCUUCACAUCUGAUAGAGCUGGAUCUCACUGGAAAUGAUCCUGGACCAUCAGGAGUCAAACUCAUCUAUGAUUUAAUACAAGACACAAACUGUGCACUGAACACUGUGAGCUUGUUGAAAAGUCCCACGGCACAGAAACUCUGUGAUCGUCUAACCCCUGUUCUUGGACAAAGCCCCUUGCUUCUGAGAGAGAUGGAUCUGAGCAAACAUAUUAAUGGGGAUUCAGAUGUUAAAAGUCUUUCUGAUCUGAUGGCUGAUUCACACUGCAAACUUCAGAUUUUAAAGCUAAAUGAAAGCAACAUUACAAGAGAAGGUUAUGCUGCGCUGGCUUCAGCUUUUAUUUUAAAUCCUUCAAAUCUGAGACAACUGGAUCUGAGUAAGAAUGAACUUGGAGACCCAGCAGUGAAGAAGAUCUGCACUCUACUAGAACAUAAGGACUGCAAACUAGAAAAGCUAAUGUUGAAUAAUUGCAGUUUAACAGAGAAUGACUGUGAUGCUUUGAGUUCAGCUCUUAAUUCAAACCCUUCACACUUAAAAGAGCUGGAGCUGAGUGAAAAUAAAGUAGGAGACUCUGGAGUCAAUCAUCUGUGUUCAUUGUUACAGAAUUCACUCUGCAAACUGACAAAACUAAAGGUCCGUAACUGUGAGCUAACUGAGAAAAGCUGCUCAUCUCUCAGUGCUGUUCUUAGUUCAGAAAACACCAGUUUAAUAGAGUUGGACAUGAGCAUCAAUCACCUGCGAGAUUCAGGGACAAAUCAUCUCUGUACAGCACUGGAGAAUCCACAAUGUGAACUACAGAUACUGAGUGUGUCUGAGUGCAGUAUAACAGAAGGAGGUUAUGUUGCUCUGUCUAAAGCUGUGAGAUCAAACCCUUCACAUCUGAUAGAGCUGGAUCUCACUGGAAAUGAUCCUGGACCAUCAGGAGUCAAACUCAUCUAUGAUUUAAUACAAGACACAAACUGUGCACUGAACACUGUGAGAUUUGUGAAGAGUCCUGAUGCAGAAGCAGCUUGUGUUUAUCUGACUGAUGUUCUGGGUGUGAAUCCAUUACUGCUGAAAGAACUGAAUCUGAGUGACAAUAAACUGAGAGAUCUGGAUGGAGAGAAACUCUCGGCUCUAUUGAUGGACUCUCAUAGUAAAGUGGAGAAAAUCAUAUUGAAUAAGUGUGAGCUGACAGAGAAACAGUGUUCAGCUGUAGCGUCUGUUCUCUCCUGUAAAACCCUCGUGAGAGAGAUGAAUCUGAACAACAGUCGUCUGCUGGAUUCAGGACUCAAACACAUCUGUGAGGGACUGAAGAAUCCUCAGUGUCAACUCCACAUACUCAAAUUGUCUGAGUGCAGUAUAACAGAAGGAGGUUAUGUUGCUCUGUCUGAAGCUGUGAGAUCAAACCCUUCACAUCUGAUAGAGCUGGAUCUCACUGGAAAUGAUCCUGGACCAUCAGGAGGCAAACUCUUGUAUGAUUUAAUACAAGACACAAACUGUGCACUGAACACUGUGAGGUUCUUGAAAAGUUCUUCUGCUGUGGAAGCCUUUGACUAUCUGAAGACUCUUGAUAUAAACGCUUUACUCCAGAGAGAAGUGAAUCUGAGUAACCAUGAACUAGACGAGUCAAGAGUGAAACAGAUCUGUGAUCUACUGCAGGAUAAACACUGUAGACUCAACACACUCAUACUGAGGGAUUGUGGUCUAACAGAAGAAAGUUGUCCAUCUUUAGCUUCAGUUUUAAGAUCAAACUCUAGUGUGACAGAACUCAACAUGAGUAACAAUAAUCUACUGGAUUCAGGAGUGAAGAAACUACAGGAAGGACUUGAACAUACCAACUGUAAACUGAAGAAACUCAGAUUGUCUGAGUGCAGUAUAACAGAAGGAGGUUAUGUUGCUCUGUCUGAAGCUGUGAGAUCAAACCCUUCACAUCUGAUAGAGCUGGAUCUCACUGGAAAUGAUCCUGGACCAUCAGGAGUCAAACUCAUCUAUGAUUUAAUACAAGACACAAAAUGCAAACUGAACACUGUGAGGUUCUUGAAAAGUUCUUCUGCAGCAAAAGGCUUUAAGUAUCUGAAGACUCUUGAUAUAAAUCCUUUACUCCAGAGAGAAGUGAAUCUGAGCGAUCAUGAACUAGACGAGUCAAGAGUGAAACAGAUCUGUGAUCUACUGCAGGAUAAACACUGUAGACUCAACACACUCACGUUGAGUUCUUGUAGUAUUACAGCAGAAGGUUGUGCUGCUCUCACAGAAGCUUUAAAUGUGAAUCCAUCACAUGUGAAAGAACUGAAUCUGAGUGGAAAUACAUUUGGAGACUCAGGAAUCAAGAAGAUCUCUGAUCUGAUGAAGAACUCACAGUGUACACUGAAGAAACUCAAUCUCUCUGAGUGCAGUAUAACAGAAGGAGGUUAUGUUGCUCUGUCUAAAGCUGUGAGAUCAAACCCUUCACAUCUGAUAGAGCUGGAUCUCACUGGAAAUGAUCCUGGACCAUCAGGAGUCAAACUCAUCUAUGAUUUAAUACAAGACGCAAACUGUAAACUGAACACUGUGAGAUUCUUGAAGAGUCCUGAUGCAGAAGCAGCUUGUGUUUCUCUGACUGAUGUUCUGGGUGUGAAUCCAUUACUGCUGAAAGAACUGAAUCUGAGUGACAAUAAACUGAGAGAUCUGGAUGGAGAGAAACUCUCGGCUCUAUUGAUGGACUCUCAUAGUACAGUGGAGAAAAUCAUAAUGAAUGAGUGUGAGCUGACAGAGAAACAGUGUUCAGCUGUAGCGUCUGUUCUCUCCUGUAAAACCCUCGUGAGAGAGAUGAAUCUGAACAACAGUCGUCUGCUGGAUUCAGGACUCAGACACAUCUGUGAGGGACUGAAGAAUCCUCAGUGUCAUCUCCACAUACUCAAUUUGAAUAAGUGUGAUCUUACAGAAGAAAUGUGUUCAGCUUUGACUUCAGUUCUCAGUUCAGACAGCAGCAGUCUGCUGGAGCUUGAUCUGAGUAACAAUAAUCUACAGGAUUCAGGAGUGAAGCUGAUCUCUGAUGGACUGAAGAAUCCAAACUGUAAACUACACAUACUCAGUCUGUCUGAGUGCAGUAUAACAGAAGAAGGUUACAGAUGUUUGUCUGAAGCUGUGAGAUCAAACCCUUCACAUCUGAUAGAGCUGGAUCUCACUGGAAAUGAUCCUGGACCAUCAGGAGUCAAACUCAUCUAUGAUUUAAUACAAGACACAAACUGUGAACUGAACACUGUGAGAUUCUUGAAGAGUGAUGAUGCAGAAGCAGCUUGUGUUUAUCUGACUGAUGUUCUGGGUGUGAAUCCAUUACUGCUGAAAGAACUGAAUCUGAGUGACAAUAAACUGAGAGAUCUGGAUGGAGAGAAACUCUCGGCUCUAUUGAUGGACUCUCAUAGUAAAGUGAAGAAAAUCAUAUUGAAUAACUGUGAGCUGACAGAGAAACAGUGUUCAGCUGUAGCGUCUGUUCUCUCCUGUAAAACCCUCGUGAGAGAGAUGAAUCUGAACAACAGUCGUCUGCUGGAUUCAGGACUCAAACACAUCUGUGAGGGACUGAAGAAUCCUCAGUGUCAUCUCCACAUACUCAAUUUGAAUAAGUGUGAUCUUACAGAAGAAAGUUGUUCAGCUUUGACUUCAGUUCUCAGUUCAGACAGCAGCAGUCUGCUGGAGCUUGAUCUGAGUAACAAUAAUCUACAGGAUUCAGGAGUGAAGCUUCUUUCUGAUGGACUGAAGAAUCAAAACUGUAAACUGAAGAUAUUAAAUCUGUCCGAGUGUAGUAUAACAGAAGGAGGUUAUGUUGCUCUGUCUGAAGCUGUGAGAUCAAACCCUUCACAUCUGAUAGAGCUGGAUCUCACUGGAAAUGAUCCUGGACCAUCAGGAGUCAAACUCAUCUAUGAUUUAAUACAAGACACAAACUGUAAACUGAACACUGUGAGAUUUGUGAAGAGUCCUGAUGCAGAAGCAGCUUGUGUUUAUCUGACUGAUGUUCUGGGUGUGAAUCCAUUACUGCUGAAAGAACUGAAUCUGAGUGACAAUAAACUGAGAGAUCUGGAUGGAGAGAAACUCUCGGCUCUAUUGAUGGACUCUCAUAGUAAAGUGAAGAAAAUCAUAUUGAAUAAGUGUGAGCUGACAGAGAAACAGUGUUCAGCUGUAGCGUCUGUUCUCUCCUGUAAAACCCUCGUGAGAGAGAUGAAUCUGAACAACAGUCGUCUGCUGGAUUCAGGACUCAAACACAUCUGUGAGGGACUGAAGAAUCCUCAGUGUCAUCUCCACAUACUCAAACUGUCUGAGUGCAGUAUAACAGAAGAAGGUUACAGAUGUUUGUCUGAAGCUGUGAGAUCAAACCCUUCACAUCUGAUAGAGCUGGAUCUCACUGGAAAUGAUCCUGGACCAUCAGGAGUCAAACUCAUCUAUGAUUUAAUACAAGACACAAACUGUGAACUGAACACUGUGAGGUUUUUGAAAAGUUCUUCUGCAGUUGAAGGCUUUGAGUAUCUGAAGACUCUUGAUAUAAAUCCUUUACUCCAGAGAGAAAUGAAUCUGAAGGAUCAUAAACUAGACGAGUCAAGAGUGAAACAGAUCUGUGAUCUACUGCAGGAUAAACACUGUAAACUCAACACACUCAUAUUGAGGGAUUGUGGUCUAACAGAAGAAAGUUGUUCAUCUUUAGCUUCAGUUUUAAGAUCAAACUCCAGUCUGACAGAACUUGACAUGAGCAACAAUAAACUACUGGAUUCAGGAGUGAAGAAACUACAGAAAGGACUUGAACAUACCAACUGUAAACUGAAGAAACUCAGUCUGUCCGAGUGCAGUUUAACAGAAGAAGGAUAUGUUGCUCUGUCUGAAGCUGUGAGAUCAAACCCUUCACAUCUGAUAGAGCUGGAUCUCACUGGAAAUGAUCCUGGACCAUCAGGAGUCAAACUCAUCUAUGAUUUAAUACAAGACACAAACUGUGCACUGAACACUGUGAGGUUCUUGAAAAGUUCUUCUGCUGUGGAAGCAUUUAAGUAUCUGAAGACUCUUGAUAUAAAUCCUUUACUCCAGAGAGAAAUGAAUCUGAGUAAUCGUGUACUAAAUGACUCAAGAGUGAAACAGAUCUGUGAUCUACUGCAGGAUAAACACUGUAAACUCAACACACUCAUAUUGAGAGAUUGUGGUUUUACAGCGGAAAACUGUACAGCUUUGGCUUCAGUUUUAAGAUCAAACUCCAGUGUGACAGAACUCAACAUGAACAACAAUAAUCUACUGGAUUCAGGAGUGAAGAAACUACAGAAAGGACUUGAACAUACCAACUGUAAACUGAAGAAACUCAGAUUGUCUGAGUGCAGUAUAACAGAAAGAGGUUAUGUUGCUCUGUCUGAAGCUGUGAGAUCAAACCCUUCACAUCUGAUAGAGCUGGAUCUCACUGGAAAUGAUCCUGGACCAUCAGGAGUCAAACUCAUCUAUCAUUUAAUACAAGACACAAAAUGUGCACUGUACACUGUGAGAUUUUUAGGAAAUCCCUCUGCAAUAGAAGCUGUUGAGUAUCUGAUGAAGACUCUUGAUAUAAAUCCUUUACUCCAGAGAGAAGUGAAUCUGAAGGAUCAUAAACUAGACGAGUCAAGAGUGAAACAGAUCUCUGAUCUUCUGCAGGAUAAACACUGUAAACUCAACACAAUCAUGUUGAGUUCUUGUAGUAUUACAGCAGAAGGUUGUGCUGCUCUCACAGAAGCUUUAAAUGUGAAUCCAUCUCAUGUGAAAGAACUGAAUCUGAGUGGAAAUACAUUUGGAGACUCAGGAAUCAAGAAGAUAUCUAAUCUGAUGAAGAACUCACAGUGUACACUGAAGAAACUCAAGCUGAGUAGCGUCUGUGUUACAGCAGAAGGUUGUGUUGCUCUGGCUUCAGCUUUUAGAUCAAAUCCUUCACAUCUAACAGAGCUGGAUCUGAGUGAAAACAAUCUGGAAGAUUCAGGAGUAAAGGAAAUCUCCACUCUCCUAAGAAAUUCAUAUUGCAGACUGAAGAAUCUGAGACUGUCCGGGUGCAGUAUAGCAGAAGGAGGUUACAGAUGUUUGUCUGAAGCUGUGAGAUCAAACCCUUCACAUCUGAUAGAGCUGGAUCUCACUGGAAAUGAUCCUGGACCAUCAGGAGUCAAACUCAUCUAUGAUUUAAUACAAGACACAAACUGUGCACUGAACACUGUGAGAUUCUUGAAGAGUCCGGAUGCAGAAGCAGCUUGUGUUUAUCUGACUGAUGUUCUGGGUGUGAAUCCAUUACUGCUGAAAGAACUGAAUCUGAGUGACAAUAAACUGAGAGAUCUGGAUGGAGAGAAACUCUCGGCUCUAUUGAUGGACUCUCAUAGUAAAGUGAAGAAAAUCAUAUUGAAUAAGUGUGAGCUGACAGAGAAACAGUGUUCAGCUGUAGCGUCUGUUCUCUCCUGUAAAACCCUCGUGAGAGAGAUGAAUCUGAACAACAGUCGUCUGCUGGAUUCAGGACUCAAACACAUCUGUGAGGGAUUGAAGAAUCCUCAGUGUCAUCUCCACAUACUCAAUCUGUCCGAGUGCAGUAUAACAGAAGGAGGUUACAGAUGUUUGUCUGAAGCUGUGAGAUCAAACCCUUCACAUCUGAUAGAGCUGGAUCUCACUGGAAAUGAUCCUGGACCAUCAGGAGUCAAACGCAUCUAUGAUUUAAUACAAGACACAAACUGUGCACUGAACACUGUGAGAUUUUUGAAAAGUUCUUCUGCAGUGGAAGCUUUGAAUUAUUUAAGUAGAGUUCUUGGUUGUAAUGUUUUACUCCAGAGAGAACUGAAUCUGAGUAAUCGUAAACUCGACGAGUCAAGAGUGAAACAGAUCUGUGAUCUACUGCAGGAUAAACACUGUAAAAUCAAGAAACUGAUACUGAGGGAUUGUGGUCUAACAGAAGAAAGUUGUUCAUCUUUAGCUUCAGUUUUAAGCUCAAACUCUAGUCUGACAGAACUUGACAUGAACAACAAUAAACUACUGGAUUCAGGAGUGAAGAAACUACAGAAAGGACUAGAACAUACCAACUGUAAACUGAAGAAACUCAGUCUGUCUGAGUGCAGUAUAACAGAAGAAGGUUAUGUUGCUCUGUCUGAAGCUGUGAGAUCAAACCCUUCACAUCUGAUAGAGCUGGAUCUCACUGGAAAUGAUCCUGGACCAUCAGGAGUCCAACUCAUCUAUGAUUUAAUACAAGACACAAACUGUAAACUGAAGACUGUGAAAUUUUUGAGAAAUCGUUUUGCAUUUGAAGCCUCUGAGUAUCUGACUGGAUGUCUUGGUAUAAACGCUUUACUCCAGAGAAAACUGAAUCUGGUUAAACGUAAACUCGACGUGUCAAGAGUGAAACAGAUCUGUGAUCUACUGCAGGAUAAACACUGUAGACUCAACACACUCAAGUUUAAUUAUUGUAGUAUUACAGCAGAAGGUUGUGCUGCUCUCACAGAAGCUUUAAAUGUGAAUCCAUCACAUGUGAAAGAACUGAAUCUGAGUGGAAAUACAUUUGGAGACUCAGGAAUCAAGAAGAUCUCUGAUCUGAUGAAGAACUCACAGUGUACACUGAAGAAACUCAAUCUGUCUGAGUGCAGUAUAACAGAAGAAGGUUACAGAUGUUUGUAUGAAGCUGUGAGAUCAAACCCUUCACAUCUGAUAGAGCUGGAUCUCACUGGAAAUGAUCCUGGACCAUCAGGAGUCAAACUCAUCUAUGAUUUAAUACAAGACACAAACUGUGCACUGAAGACUUUGAGAUUCUUGAAGAGUGAUGAUGCAGAAGCAGCUUGUGUUUAUCUGACUGAUGUUCUGGGUUUGAAUCCAUUACUGCUGAAAGAACUGAAUCUGAGUGACAAUAAACUGAGAGAUCUGGAUGGAGAGAAACUCUCGGCUCUAUUGAUGGACUCUCAUAGUAAAGUGGAGAAAAUCAUAUUGAAUGAGUGUGAGCUGACAGAGAAACAGUGUUCAGCUGUAGCGUCUGUUCUCUCCUGUAAAACCCUCGUGAGAGAGAUGAAUCUGAACAACAGUCGUCUGCUGGAUUCAGGACUCAAACACAUCUGUGAGGGACUGAAGAAUCCUCAGUGUCAACUCCAGAUACUCAAUCUCUCUGAGUGCAGUAUAACAGAAGGAGGUUACAGAUGUUUGUAUGAAGCUGUGAGAUCAAACCCUUCACAUCUGAUAGAGCUGGAUCUCACUGGAAAUGAUCCUGGACCAUCAGGAGUCAAACUCAUCCAUGAUUUAAUACAAGACAAAAACUGUAAACUGAAGACUGUGAGGUUUUUGAAAAGUUCUUCUGCUGUGGAAGCCUUUGAGUAUCUGAUGAAGACUCUUGAUAUAAAUCCUUUACUCCAGAGAGAAGUGAAUCUGAGUCAUAAACUAGACGAGUCAAGAGUGAAACAGAUCUCUGAUCUACUGCAGGAUAAACACUGUAAACUCAACACACUCAUAUUGAGGGAUUGUGGUCUAACAGAAGAAAGUUGUUCAUCUUUAGCUUCAGUUUUAAGAUCAAACUCCAGUGUGACAGAACUCAACAUGAGUAACAAUAAUCUACUGGAUUCAGGAGUGAAGAAACUACAGAAAGGACUAGAACAUACCAACUGUAAACUGAAGAAACUCAGUCUGUCUGAGUGCAGUAUAACAGAAGAAGGUUACAGAUGUUUGUCUGAAGCUGUGAGAUCAAACCCUUCACAUCUGAUAGAGCUGGAUCUCACUGGAAAUGAUCCUGGACCAUCAGGAGUCAAACUCAUCUAUAAUUUAAUACAAGACACAAACUGUGCACUGAACACUGUGAGGUUUUUGAAAAGUUCUUCUGCUGUGGAAGGCUUUGAGUAUCUGAAGACUCUUCAUAUAAAUCCUUUACUCCAGAGAGAAAUGAAUCUGAAGGAUCAUAAACUAGACGAGUCAAGAGUGAAACAGAUCUGUGAUCUACUGCAGGAUAAACACUGUACACUCCACACACUGAGGUUGUCUGGAGGCAGUAUUACAAAGAAAUGCAUUGAUGAGCUGAUUUCAGCUCUGUGUUCAAACUGUUCACAUCUGAGACAUCUGAACCUGAGUAAAAAUGAACUAGGAACUUCAGGGGUUAAUAAACUCUCUGAUCUACUGAAAAAUCCACAAUGCACGCUGAAAACAUUAGUACUGUGUGAAUGCAGAAUAGAUACGAAACAGUUGGCCGUCCUGAUUCAAGCUCUGUGUUCAAACCCUUCACACCUGAGAGAACUUAACCUCAGUCAGAAUAAAAUCAAAGACGAUGGAGUCAAACAUUUAUGUGAUCUACUGAAACACUGUGAACUGAAGAAACUGGAGUUGUGUGGAUGCAGUCUUAUAGAGGAACAGUGUGCUCACCUGAUUUCAGCUCUGUGUUCAAACCCUUCACACCUGAAACACCUGAACCUCAGUGGAAAUAAACUAGGAACUUUAGGGGUUAAUAAACUCUCUGAUCUACUGAAAAAUCCACAAUGCAAACUGAAAACAUUAGUAUUGUGUGAAUGCAGAAUAGAUAAGAAACAGUUGGUCGUCCUGAUUCAAGCUCUGUGUUCAAACCCUUCACACCUGAGAGAACUGAACCUCAGUGAGAAUGAAAUCACAGACGAUGAAGUCAAACAUUUAUGUGAUCUACUGAAACACUGUGAACUGGAGAAACUGGAGUUGUGUGGAUGCAGUCUUACAGAGGACCAGUGUGCUCAACUGAUUUCAGCUCUGUGUUCAAACCCUUCACACCUGAAACAUCUGAACCUCAGUGGAAAUAAACCGGGACACUUAGGAGUCGAAGUCUUAUGUGAUCUCCUGAAACAUUCAAAAUGUAAACUGAAGAAACUGAAACUGAAUGACUGUAGCAUUACAGAUGUUUCAUGUUUGGCUGAGACACAAGCAGUGAGACGUUUAAAGGUUCUUGAUCUGAGCAAAAAUAAACUAGGAAACUCAGAGAAGCUGCGUGAGAUGCUAAAAGACUCUAACUGUAAACUGAGACUAAAGAGUCAAGGUUGGUUGUCAUGGGGCUUGUCUCUUGUGUCUGGAAAAUCAGCAGCACAUGGGGAUGAAUCAUCAUCAUCACAUGAGGAAGAUGAGGACACUUCAUCUCAAAAAAAUCACUAAAAGGAUCAAGCAGACGCUGGUCAGAGUUCCAGUGGUGAACAAUAUGACUGAUGUAAAUAAUAAAUAUUGUUCUAGUCUGUUCUAGUGUAUUUAUCUGCCUGUAAUAGAUGCAGGUUUCAUUUAUUUGAAGAAAAACACACGUAUAUUACAUUUGAUACAGAACAUAUAAUAUAAUGUAUAUACUUGUGUACAUUUGAUACAUUUGUGUUUUAGUGUCUCUGUUUGCUAAGUGUUGGCAGUUGUUGUUCAGUUGUUGUGAUGGUGUGUUGCGUUCCUUAUUAAGAUUCACGUGAUCUCAUCAUGUUGCCAUAUCUUAAUGAUACUGAGUACAUUUUAACAGUGGAAAAGAUAGUUUAACCUAAAACUGUAAUCUUCAUUUUAAUUAAAUUUAUCAGAAUUUUUUGCCGACAUGUAAUAGCAAACCUGCUUCACUUUUCUCUUAGAUUGCUUUAGUGUAACAUGAAAGAAGAAAGUCAAAGAAAGAUGUUCUUUAUUUUAUCCUUCAUAUGCUGUUUGGCUCAUUUGAGCAUUUUACACAUUGUUUUGGAAUAAAAAUUAAUCCUAAUAAAAAUUAAUGACUGAAUCUUCUA